AUGCGACGUCGGUUUAACAAGUCUGCCGCCGCAGUCCGGGCCAGAAUGGCUCAAAAAUGUAAAGAUGAGCGUCGAUUUGGACGUGUCUUGCCUUCAGGAGUAAUAGCAACGAAUUCCGACCGUUCGAAUCCCGGUGUCGCUGCUUUGAGUGCCUCUGGUGUAGGCUCCAGGCAGUCUUCUACAGCAGGCCGCCGUAGAAGUGCAGCUUCUUUGACAACACCCCCUCCAAUGGCAAAAAUCCUCCGUCUUUCUAUGACGACACCGACGACAAAUCCACCUCCAACAACAGCUCAAUCUAUUCCACCACAACCACCACAUCAACCGAACAGUUCUUCAUCGGUACUUACCUCUUCUCCACCCGAAGUAUAUCCAACUUCAAAUCAAUCCGCAAACAAUCCACAGUCGGCUUCUACGUCGGUUGUUCACGAUCCACCAGUGAUCCUCGCGUCAGCACCUGAAAUGGCUAGUUGA